AUGAGCUUGGAUCGUGUUAUUCAGGACUCUGACGAGGACGAACCCUUCGAGGGGGAUGAAGUCCCUACCUCUGUCAAUCCUCUCCACCCCUCCGAGCCCGCAUUGCAGCAGGAAUAUCAACAUGCCCCCGCCAAUCAGACGACCCACAAUGCAGUGUACGAGCACGGCUCCGCUCCUGAUGAAAGCAUGUUCCCACAAUUGAACGUCAAUUUCGAUGAGUUCCUCCAAUCGCAAGAAAGAGGCUAUUCAAUGCUAUCGUCGUCGCAGCAGCGGCGGGAGGACAAAUGGAUCCCCUCAGCCAGUGAGGGUGGAAGUGGGUCGGUUGGCGCCAUGAUGAUGGAAAUUGGAAUCGCGCAGAGAAGACUUCUGGACGACGAUCCUUCAAGCGCAAACCUACUGCCUCCCUCUACGGCCGCGCCAUACUCGACAGAAACGUUUCAAUCUGCACCGUUUCCUACCAUGCCAAGUUACCACUCGUAUCAGAUGGAUCAACCGGAGAGUGGCAGCUUCGCUCAUAAUCCAGCAUUCAUUGACCCCUACGUCGAUGCGAACCAGACUUUGCUGCCCAGCAGACAGGGUAUCUAUGAUCUGACUCCCCCUGGCGCCACUAACUUAAUGGCUUCGCCUCCGAAAAUCGUCCCUCAAGAAGUUACCGAGCCCUUCAUAGAACAGGAGAACACACACUCAAACCCACCCCAGGAAGCCUCACAGCCCAAAUCUCAGCAGACGGGUCCCUGUUCCCCCCAUGACACCGAACCUCUCUCUUCCGUUGCAUCCAUGCGAUUCAGCGAAGCAAAUAUCACAACCGCUGGAACCAGUCUCAUUUCCCCGCAACAAUCACAGUCAAGCACGCAUGACGAGCUCGCUCUGCCAGCUGCCCCACCAACUGUGCCAGAUGCCGAGAUGCCCAGUGCAAAGAAGAAGCGCGGGCGGCCGAAGAAGCAACCCUUGCCAGAUAUCGACGAAGAUGAUGAGCUAGCCAACUCUCGGGACCACGAGUUCAAACACCCUGGUGCAAAUGGUGCGAUUGACCCCUCCGAUAGCGAAUGGACUACGGAAAAUAAUACCCCGGCCUCGAGCGGAGUCUCCGACGAGACUGACAAAGAAAAUUUAGAAGCAGGCCCCAAGCCUGCAAAAUCAGGACCCAAGGAGUCGAAAAAGAAGAAAACCAAGAAAAACAAGACGACACCCGGCCCCAAGCUUGACGCCGAUGACGACGUGAUAUGGGUAGACACGAAACCUCUCAGCGUGGAACCCUCAACAGGGAACGCCACUCCGCAGACAGAAACCCCAGAGCCCCCAAGACAGGAUUUAGACUCCGAUGUUCUAGACACAAAUCCUCCGAUUGCUCCCCAAGCACCGAUCCCCACACUUGAAGAGAAGACCCCAAAUGCGCAAAACGCCGAAAAACCAGCACCCAAGAAACGCGGACGCAAGCGAAAGCAGACAACCGAGCAAGCGGAAACACCAUCAGAGUCCGCAGAUACACCCGAACCGAACAAGCCGGCGUCCGGAGCUCAGACCCCUGCGGCGAAAUUGGCCGUCGUUGUCGAUAAUAGUCCCAAAUCUAUGCUGGAAGCUAACACCGACAACAACGAUACAACUGCUAUUCAAAACGACCAGAACCCCCAUCCACUUCCUGGUCCUGACUCUCUCCCUGAAACUACAAUUGAUAUGCCCCAGCCUCAGACUCCUUCGAAGCCCGAUGCUGCGUCUGUCAAUACACCACAGAACGCAGGCAAGGGCCCGGAUAAGCAUAGUCCCAUCUCGGCGCGGAGUGGGGUGCCUUACCGCGUGGGAUUGAGCAAGAGGGCGAGGAUUGCGCCGUUGCUUAAGAUGGUGCGGAAAUAG